AUGAAUGAAAACCAAUUGGAUACAAGUAACAAGUUCAAUCCUAUUUCAAUUAAUGGACCUAGACAUUAUUCAACUUCAUUAAUAGCUGGUGCUGUAGCGGGAACUGUUGUUGAUAUUGCAUUAUUUCCAUUAGAUACGUUAAAAACUAGAUUACAAAGCCAAUAUGGAUUUAUUCAGUCUGGUGGUUUCAGAGGUAUUUAUAAAGGACUAACGCCGACUAUUAUUGGUGCCCCUUUUACAGCGGGAUUGUUUUUUGGCACUUAUGACGGUUUUAAAAAUCUAUUUCCUUCUGUAUCAAACAAUACUGCUCCAUUAGUUCAUUUAUGUGCAGGAAUCGUUGGUGAAGUGGUUUGUUGUACAACCAAAGUACCCAUAGAAAUAGUAAAACAAAGGCGUCAAGCAUCACCAAAUCAAGAAUCUAUUUUAAAAAUCAUAAGAAAUGCGUAUGCUAACGAGGGAGUUUUUGGGUUUUAUCGUGGUUACUGGACAACUGUUAUGCGUGAUGUACCAUUCUCUAUGUUGCAACUUCCAAUAUGGGAAUACUUAAAAAAAGAGUACAGGAUUUUUACUGGUAAACCUCUUACAACAUUAGAAGUUGCUUUAUGUGGUUCUAUAUCAGGAGGCAUAGCUGCUGCUUUGACUACACCCAUUGACGUAACAAAAACACAAAUUAUGUUAGCAAAUAGUGCUGUGGAUCAAAAUUUCUCAAUAGUUUUUAAGAACAUAUACAAAAAAAAAGGACUAAAUGGAUUGUUUGCCGGUUUUCUUCCAAGAGUCGUAUUGAUAAUGAUUGGUGGAGCCUUAUUUUUUGGUGUAUAUGAGAAAACGUGUAGAGAAAUUGAAGAUAAAAAUAAAAAUAUAAUUUGA